AUGGAGCUUAAAAGAAAGAGAAAACUCAAUGUACUCCCAGGUAAAAGUGUCGCUGCAGAAGAAAUUGAAGAUUUUGCAGAAACUGAUAUUAAUUACAGUGUGGAAACUCCUAAAAAAACAAAAUACGAUACAAGUACUAGUGGCCCAUCAGGUUUAAAUAAUAAGAAUAAAGAAAAAGGUAAAAAAAAUAAAAUGACAAACUUGAAAAUAAAAGCAAAUGAAGAAAAAGUAAAUUGCCCUGAGAAAAUAGAACCUAACAAGGGAAAAGAUAAAGGGAUUGGAAAAAACUAA